CUGUUUUGUAUUGCUGAAUGCGUAGAGUUUAAAAUAAUCCAUGAUAUGAAAGAUAAAAAUGGUUAAAAUUCGCCGAAACGGCCUCAGCAAGCCACACGGCGCGCUGGGCUGGACCAAUGAAGCAGCGCCCCACGCGUGACCGACCAGGAACGGCUGCCCCGCCGAGUCAAAAGGCCGCCGAGCUAGGUGAGCGAGUUCCGGGACGGGCGGACGGACGGUGGCCCACCCACCAACCUCUGACCCCGACCCGGCGCGUCUCGCCCUGAAGCUUAAAUACUAGUCUUGGCUAGCUACUAUAUUAUACUAGCCGUCUAGCCCUCGAGCCGUCCAGGGCGCGGCGACGACACCCACAGGCCACAGCCACAGGCCACACGACACCACCGCUCGGUCUCGGCGUCCGCCUCCACGCACGCUUCCUCCCGCAGGCCAUCCACCCGAUCCGAUCCGAUCCGAGCGUCCACCAUGUGGGUGACGUCGAUGCCGCAGGUUUGGGACGAGGAGGGCGCGGCCAAGGGCGGCGCGGUGACCCCGGCGCCGGCCGCGGCCAUGCUGGGCUCGCUGGCGGGGUGGCUGUCCCGGACCGUGCAGCCGCAGCCGCCGGCGCCCCGGGUGUGCGGCACCGCGGGGGGCCCGCCCGUGACGGCGCCCAGGCUCAGGCUCCGCGACGGCCGCCACCUCGCCUACUGCGAGAGCGGCGUGCCCCGGGACCAGGCCAGGUUCGCCGUCGUCUUCUCCCACGGAUUCACCGGCUCCCGCGAGGACAGCGUCCGCGCCUCCCAGAAACCGCGAAUCAAGGUCGGUUUCGAUGAGCCCGGAUCAUAGGUGCAAGGCAUCGAACCCGUGACUAUUCUCUCCUUGGCGUCGUCGUCGUCCUUGUUGGCGAUGGCAAUGUCAGGGCCGCUGGACAGCGACCUCCGUAUACUGUUUGUCCACAUGCAAUGCAAAGCUGGAGUUUGGCGAGCUACAGCUAGUCAGCUACACAGGGUCGCUGCCAUUGGCCAGGCGUCUAUCGGUUGGCUGCCACUUCCACUCCCAGGCAGCGGACGGAGCAUUGCGUCGCGACGCGGUCAUCGCGGCGAGCGACGCGGACUGGGCGGUGGGGGGGCCGUCACGUAUCUCGCCCGGGAACGCCUCCCGCAUUUUUUUACCCCUAGCUCAUUAGGAUAGGACUAGUAGUAGGACCCUUGGAGGAGCAGUCGCGUCACGGACAUGCGGACACAGCGGGAUCCAGCACCAAGAGCCUAGGAAGGCCAGGGGCAGGGGUCCUCGCCCUCGCCGCAAUGGAGCUGCUGGCCAAGGCGCCCGUGCUGGGCUGCGCCGGGAAGAUGCAGAGGCAGCGGCAACGGGGGUCCGCGCUGGGCAGGUGGAUUUGCCGUGCCGUGGCGCCGCCGAGGGCCGCGCCAGCCACGCCGCCGAGGGUGCGGCUCAGGGACGGCCGCCACCUGGCGUACGCCGAGUCCGGGGCCAGCAAGGAGGACGCGAGGUUCAAGGUCGUCUUCUCCCACGGCUUCACCGGCUCCCGCCUCGACACCGUCCGCCCGGCGCCGGAAGUUGCGGAGGAGCUGGGCGUGUACAUGGUGGGUUUCGACCGCGCCGGGUACGGGCAGAGCGACCCCAACCCCAACCGGUCCGUCAAGAGCGCGGCGCUGGACGUGGAGGAGCUCGCGGACGCGCUGGGGCUCGGCCCCAAGUUCUACGUCAUCGGCAUCUCCCUCGGCUGCCAUGCCGUCUGGGGCGCCCUCAAAUACAUCCCCGACAGGAUCGCCGGCGCGGCGAUGAUGGCGCCGGUGGUGAACUACUGGUGGCCAGGGUUCUCGCCGGAGCUGGCGGCGGAGGUGUACGCGAAGCAGGAGGUGGGCGACCAGUGGGCGCUGCGCGUGUCGCACCACGCGCCGGGCAUCCUCCACUGGUGGAUGGAGCAGAGCUGGCUGCCCACCUCCACGGUGGUGGCCGGCACCACGCCGCUGCCCAACGAGCGCGACGCCGAGAUCCGGAGCAAGAUGAAGGCGGACGGCACGUUCCAGCAGAAGCGGGAGCAGGCGACGCAGCAGGGGAUCCACGAGUCCUACUACCGCGACAUGACCGUCAUGUUCGGCAAGUGGGAGUUCGACCCCAUGGCGCUGCCGGAGCCGCCGUGCCCCGUGCACCUCUGGCAGGGCGACGAGGACGGCCUCGUCCCUGUCGUGCUGCAGAGGUACCUCGCCGGCAAGAUCGGAUGGAUCAACUACCAUGAACUCCCUGGCACCGGCCACUUCCUGUCGUCGGUGCCUGGGCUCGGAGACAACGUCCUUAGGACCCUUUUCAGUGACAAGCAGUAAACAAACAAUCCUCCCUCACGACGUAUCGAAGCUUUCGAGCAUGGUGGUGGUGGUGGCGCAUUAGUUCAUUUUAUUAUUGUAAAGGCCCGUGGUUGUCGCUGAUUAGAGAUGAUAAAAUAAUGGUGAUGUAGAUGCAAGACCUUAAAGUGAAAUACUAUAUCAGAGAUGUAAUAUACAUACAUAGUGAUGACCUUUCUGUUUUCAUUAUAAAACAAAUUGUCUAGUCAA